GACUCCAUCAACAACAACUCUUUAGGCAAAAAGGACAGCUGGAAGGACUCCCUCUCCUCCUCCCCACACAUUACAGGGGAUCUAACACCACCGGCUAUUCAACCAAAACCGGAGGACAAAGUCCGGCACAGCACGCGCCGCCCCGCCCCAAAACCACCCAUUGCCAAUGGAGCCAACAGCAGGGCCAACACUCAGGCUGCUGCCACCACAGCAGACACACGCGCUCGACCACGGGACAGACAGGUGUCUGGGGCCACACACACACAGUCCUCCAGCACACAGAGGAGUCAAAGGAGAGGAGGAGGAGGAGGAGGAAGAGGGGGAGGAAGAGGAGUGACAGCGAUGAGAGAGAGGAGCCUGGGGGACAUCAGAGGAAAGGAUGGAGUGACAGCAGUGAAGGAAGAUAGAAGAGGAGGAAGACUGUGUGAGGAGUCCAAGGGGAAGGAGAAAGAGAGGAAUGGACAUCAGAGGCCAAGAGAAGCAAAUGGACUGAAAAGCCGGGGGGCUGAUGGGAAGGGAAAAGUAGGUGCUAAAGGGGGUAACAGAGGAGGGGGACUCAAGCCAAAUAACAUGCUGUCUAACCACGAAGUUUAUCUGACAGCCAUGGUGGUCCCACGCACGCCUGUAGCACCAAGAAACCAGGACAAGACGCGAGACAAAGGCCAAAACCAUGACAGGACCCAGGACAACCCCCAAGUCCUCUCCCGGUCCAGCAGCGAGGGAGGGUCAAACAGAAUGUCCCUCAGCUCAGACACAGAGGGCCCCCCACCAGGGCCCCUGCAUCCCUCUCUAUCCCACCGAACCAACCCUGACAUCAGCGAAGAAGAGGGGGACGGAGAUCCGACUCCGUGCAUGAAUGUCCAGAAUGGUCCGACCCACUGCCUUGCAGAUAACGAGAAAACAAAGAUGGACAAUAUCAAGUCAGAGGUGGAUGCAGGGGGAGGAAAAGGUGACAAUAACACUGAGGUGGAUGGCACCAGCUCUGUCACUCAGGGAGAUCGUGCUGUUGCUCAGACUGUACCAAAGAGUGAAUCUACAGCAGGGUUAAAUUAUGACUCUGUUAAAUACACUCUGGUGGUCGAUGAACACGCUAAAUUGGAGCUGGUCAGCCUCAAGGACUGCUUGCACGGUUACAACGAGCACAAUGAUGACAGCGAUGCUGAGACCGUCUAUCAGUCAGCCAAUGAGGAGGAGGACCCAGAGUAUGAGGAGGAGAGGAAGAGGAGAGAAGAAGCAAGGAAGCAAGAGAGGAGGAAAGAGGAGGAAAAGAGAAGAAAGGAAGAGGAGGAGACGAAGAGGAGGAAGGAAGAGGAUGUGAAGAGAAGGAGGGAGGAGGAGGUAAAGAGGAGAAGGGAGGUUGUGGCAAGGGUCUGCAAGCAGUCCAAGGUAACAUCAACCACAACUUCAGAGGAAGAUGAGUCUAACGGAGGAAGGGCUGGAGCUGCCAGAAGUAGGAAGUUCCUCAACCUGUUUGCCAACAACAACAGCCAUUACAGUGCCACCGGCGCUGGGUCAUUUGGUCUGUUCUCCUGUGUUUUGGAUGGAGUGGAGAGACAGCAGAGCCACAGAGCUGUCUACAGGUUUGUCCCUCGUCAUGCAGACGAGCUGUGCCUGGAAGCAGAUGACCCGGUGUUAAUACUAAACCAGUCUGAGGACCUGUGGUGUCAGGGCUACAACAUGAGGACUGGAGCUACCGGCAUAUUCCCUGCCUUCUAUGCCGUCAGGGUUGCCAAAGAUCUUAGCCAAGUCCAGAAAGAUGGUUGCAUAGAGCAGUUCCUGGUGCGAUUCCUGGGUUCAGUUCAGGUCCCUAUCCACAAAGGCAAUGACGUGCUGUGUGCUGCGAUGCAGAAGGUGGCCUGUAACAGACGGUUGGCAGGUCAGCCUCCCUCAGCCUGUGUGCUGGAGGUCAGUGUGAAGGGUGUGAAGAUCAGUGUCCAGGACCAGUGUCAAUCAGCUCACAGGGGGGACCAGUGUUUCCAUUUCUUCCAGCUGAAGAACAUCUCGUUCUGUGGCUGUCAUCCAAAACACAGCAAGUACUUUGGUUUCAUCACCAAACAUCCUGACCAACAGCGCUUUGCCUGUCACGUGAUGAUGUCAGAGACAACAUUACAUCCUCUGGCUGAGUCUGUAGGGAGGGCAUUCCAACAGUAUUACAAGGAACACAUUGGCUACUCCUGUCCCACCGAAGACAUCUUCAUUGAAUAACACCUCUCCUCCAUUCACACUAUGUACUGAAUACUCACUAUGUGCUUGUAAGCCUGGACUUACAUUGCAAAGUGAACCACAGAUAUAUCUUCAUCAGAGUACUUGCAUGGUGGAUUCCUUUUCUUGGCUGCAUCCAGUGAUACAGCGAGCUUGUCCCUCGUUUGACCAUGUCACGAUAUAAUUACCUCUAUGGAUGGAUAGGAUCACAUGAGAUGUUCCAUACAGUGAGAACAAAUGUAACAUAAACCUACCCAAACUCAAACACAAAUAUCAGAUAGUGAUAUAUUUUGUUGGCUAAAGGUACGUAACUACACGCAGAUAUUGGAUUUAAAACUUUAUGGACAGCCUUUCAGGACCAUGGAGUUAAUUUAACGACAGAAUGUUUAUAUCAUCAGUUGGUGACAAACCAUGCUGAAAUGAAUAAUCAUUAAUCAGUGAGUUUUGGCAGCUGAUUAACCAUUUGAGCUGCGUAUCCAAAACCAGCAGUGCUUUGAUGUCAGUGUGGGCGAUCACCAAAGUCAUUAGGAGUCCUAAUCUUAUGACAGUUUAUCCGGUAUUUAUGUAAGCCUGGAGAGGCAAGUGAGAAAAAUGUUUGUGUUCCAUUUUCUAAGUCUGUUCCUAAUUGUUUUCUCUUUUGUGUUAAUAACUUAAGAACAGUUGAAAAGAAUUGUUUGCAAGGAUAAUUUUUCUCUCUUUUCAUCAUGAAACAGGUGGAAAAAAAGGUUUGGCAGAUGAUUCUUUUUCCCACACACUCAAAACCCAAAUAUUUUGUGUUAUUAAAUUAUUUAGCAUUACUUCCAUGUAUUUGAAAUGUAUUUAAAUUGGCACUACGAGAAAUUAAAACUCACCUGGAAGAAAACAUGAAUGCUUUUAGUCAUUUUUAGAACAUGGGGUACUGGUGAACUUCAGCCUCUUGUGGUUGAAAUGGUAAUGGUAAAUGGACCUGUACUUACCUAGCGCCUUUUUUAGUCUUCUGACCACUCAAAGCGCUUUUACACUACGUGCCACAUUGAGCCUUUCACACACAUUCACACAGCGAUGACAAA